AUGUUCCGAAUCCUCGAGUCGCAAGCUCCGGCCAAACAAACGGCAACGGACACAAUCGAUGUACUUAGCAGUAGGCUGCAGAAUGCAACUCUACUGGAAGACCGGCGCGCCGCCAUACAAGGAUUGAGAAGCUUUGCAAAGAUUUAUCCUGCAUCUGUAGCUUCGGGAGGUCUGCGGUCGUUGAUCAGCAGCCUGCGCAAUGAUCAGGAAGAUGUGGACACCACCAAAGUGGUCCUCGAGACCCUGUUGAUGCUAUUCACGCCAGAUGAGACAAGUCCUGAAGCAUCCGACGAAAUAGCUCUGUGGUUGGCAGAUGAAUUCACGCAGCGACAAGACAACAUUACGAUUCUCCUCGAUCUACUUGAAACCCGAGACUUUUACUCCCGCCUAUAUUCCCUCCAAUUGAUGUCCCACAUCUGCAGUGCGAGACCGGAGCGGACACAAGAGUGCAUAUUUACGGCGCCAUUGGGAAUUUCUAGGCUCGUCAGCGUCCUUACGGAUAUCCGAGAGCCUGUUCGAAAUGAGGGCCUCGUUCUUCUCAUCGCCCUGACCCCCGCCUCGGAAGAGCUGCAAAAACUGGUCGCCUUCGAAAACGCGUUUGAAAUUAUCUUCUCAUUAAUCGAAGUGGAGGGUUCUAUGAUACAUGGAACAGAAGUGGUCGAGGACUGCCUCUCCUUGCUCGCGAAUCUACUGCGAUUCAAUGUUUCGAACCAGUCAUUCUUCCGGGAGACCGGAUGUGUAAAGAAGGUGACAAAGCUUCUUAUCGAUUGUCAGCAAGAGGACGAUGAACCUCCUGCACAAUGGACUCUUCUACAACGAGACAAGAAUGUCUGGGGCCUUUUAGCCAUUAUCCAGUUGUUCCUGGUUCGUGGUGGCGUGGGUACGCCCCUCAACCAGACAGCCUUCUGGCAGAAUGGCGUGACGGAGCAGGUCCUCAGCGUAGCCUUUGGUCAGAAGUUCAGCGUCAAUGUUACCUCCAAGGCUCUUUCCGCCUGCGCUGAUCUCAUCCGUGGAAACUCGCCGCUGCAGGAGAGAUUCGGUGACAUCGAAGUCAUCUGGGGUUCUGUGCCUCAUGAUCCGACUGUCAACGGCAAUGCGGCGGAGCCAGAACGAAUUAAUGUUAUCGAAGCAUUCUUGAAACUAAGUCUUCAACCUUCACCCAACAACAUGCUGGAUGCACGUCUUGCGGCCUGUGAAUGUAUGAAGGCGUUCUUUGCUCAUCACUCUGGUAUCCGUAUGCAUGUUCUUCGACGUGCCAUUGAUGGACAUGUUAGCGGCCAAGACCGAAUCCCCAACAUCAUGUCUGUGCUGCUCACGGCUCCAGAGUCCCGUGGCAAUGCAGACCCAUACCAAGUCUGGAUGGCUUGUGUGUUGAUGUUCCACCUCAUUUCCGAUGACGGGGAGGCAAAAGCAACUGCCAUGAAAGUCACCGAGGGUGAUGCUGAAAGUGGUGAAGAAGUUGUCACCAGUGUUCAGUCAGUGGUUGGCAAUUUGAUCACUGGUCUGCAACGUGGAGAUGACGAGAGAAUCACUGUUGGCUAUCUGAUGCUUCUCUGCGGCUGGCUCUUCGAGGACCCGGACGUUGUCAAUGACCUUCUCGGAGAGGGAAGCAGUAUUCAGACCCUUCUGCAAGAGAUCAAACACCAGAGAGUACCUAGCAAGCUGGUGCCCGGCCUCUGCACCGUUUUACUUGGAAUUAUCUACGAGUUUUCUACCAAAGAUUCCCCAAUCCCUCGAGUGACCCUGCACAAGCUUCUUCUUGAGCAGCUUGGGAGGGAGCAGUACAUUGACAAGAUCACAAAACUGCGCGAAUGCCCCUUGGUGCGGGACUAUGAAGUUCUCCCCCAGACGGCAGCUGGGCAGAUUGACGGCGGCCUUCCUGAAGUGUUCUUCGACCGCUCUUUUGUUGAAUUCCUCAAAGACAACUUCAGUCGGUUGAUUCGGGCCAUUGACCGAGAACCGGGCUUCGAAAUCUCCGUCGUGGCCAAUGGUGUUGAGAAGGGUGUCUCUCGCGAACUGGUGGAUUCUCUACGUGCCGAACUUGAAGAUCGGAGCCAGACUGUCCAGAAAUUGGAGAGUGAUCUUGUUAGCAUUCAACGCAGACUAGAUCAGGAGCAGCUGGAUCAUCGCAAGACGAAGGAGUCGACCUCUGCCGAUAUGUCCAAGGCACAGCAGGGUACCCAGUUUCUCCAGCAAUCACAUGAGCAGGAGAUGUCCAAACUGGAUGAACAGCACAAAGCUUCGAAGAACGAGCUGCUCAAGCAGCACGGCGAGCAGCUUCGUGCCAUUGAUAAUCAAUUGAAGGCGGCCUCGGCCGACUACGAAAGGAAGAGCGCAAAAGUGAAGGAGCACCACGAUCAGGAGGUUGCUGGCUUGCAAAAGAAAAUCCGGAACCUGGAGUCCGAACUCUCAAAGGUCCGGGAACAUUAUGCUGGUGAGGUUGCCGGGCUGAAAAAGACUAUCCAGGAGUUGGAGUCUACUGCCAGCCAGUCCAAAGAAGGACACGCAGGGCAAAUUUCAGAUCUCAACCAAAAGCUCCAGAGUCUCGAGUCUGCACUCACCUCCUCCAAAGCACAACAUGAGGCAGAAGUUACGAGCUUCAAGGCUACUAUUGAGAACCUCGAGUCAAACUUGUCCGCAGUCAAGGCCAGCAAGGAACAGCACGAGACGGACGUGACAGGCUUCAAGUCUAAGAUUGAAGCUCUAGAGUCAGAAUUAUCCUCAGCCAAGGGUGGCAAUGCCGAGCACGCGGCGGAAGUCGCAGAUUUCAAGAGUACCAUCGAAGAUCUGGAGUCGCAAAUGGCUGCAGCCAAGGGACAACACGAAUCUGAGACAGCUGACCUCAAAAAGUCCCUGGAGAGUCUCCAAUCAGACCUGGCCAAAGCCCAGGAGCAGUCGAGUAAAGAUGUGGAAACGGCCAGCGAAGGUUACAAGUCCAAAUUCUCGGAACUGGAAGCGCGUGCCGCCGAAGCUGAGCGCAAGGCAAAGGAAGCCGAGGCACAGGCGCAGGGUGCUGCUGAUGCGCUGAAGGAAAUCAAGGCUCAACUUGAGAAAGCUCAGUCCGAAUGCAAAGAAAAGGACGAGGCUCGUCAAGCUACUCAGACCGAAUUGGAUGACCUUCUCAUUGUCUUUGGCGAUCUGGAGACCAAGAGGAAUGAGGACAAGAAACGGCUUAAGGAUCUCGGACAAGAAGUCUCGGAGGAUGAGGAUGAGGACGAGGACGAGAACGAUGACGAGGAGUAG